AUGCUGCUCACAGGUGUUUGUAACACCUUGUUGACCAAGUAUCAGGACAACCAGUGUGUUCGUAAUUGCGAUCCCGACGAUGAUCCGAGAAAGCGUGCUUUCUUCAACCAGCCAGUGCUUCAAACGGCACAGAUGUUCAUCGGCGAGAUGGGCUGCUGGUUAGUUGUUGGUAUCAUGGCACUCUGGCGUCAUUUCAAGGGCUCUGCCCCGGAGCACCGAGGCUACCAAGUUGUGAAUACCGAAGAAGAGGUCCAUGGCACAGAUGUGCCAGAAGCCAACGACCGUACAAAGCUCCUACAUACAGGCCCAUCAAUCCUGAGAGGAUACCGAGUUACAUUGCUUGCUCUGCCUGCUGUAUGCGAUAUCUGCGGUACUACACUUAUGAAUGCCGGACUUCUCAUGGUUGCUGCAUCCAUUUACCAAAUGACCCGAGGCGCUCUAGUUCUAUUCGUCGGUCUUUUCAGUGUCAUCUUCCUCAAGAGACACCUUCAUCUUUUCCAGUGGCUCUCCCUUGUAGGCGUUGUUCUUGGAGUUGCGGUUGUAGGCCUGGCUGGAGCUAUUUGGCCGGAUGAGAAGCCAGAGGGUUCUGUUGGCAAAUCCGAAGUGGGCUCUCUGGCCCAAGGCGGCUUAUCAGAUGCUACCAGGGCCAUUGUCGGCGUCUUGCUUAUUGCAGGUGCUCAGAUUUUUACUGCUACCCAGUUUGUUCUUGAGGAAUGGCUUCUGGAGAGAUCUUCGAUUGAACCGCUUAGAGUAGUUGGGUGGGAGGGUAUUUUUGGCUUUAGCGUCACUCUCUUGGGGAUGCUCGUCUUGCAUGCUGCAGUUGGGUCGACUGACAGUGGUCGAUAUGGAUAUUUUGACAUUGUUGAAGGUUGGCGCCAAAUGACGGAGAAUAGGCAGGUCCUGAUCUCCAGCUUUCUCAUCAUGAUUAGUAUUGGUGGUUUCAACUUCUUUGGGUUGUCGGUCACUCGAAGCGUCAGCGCUACCUCCAGAUCCACUAUCGAUACCUGCAGAACCUUGUUCAUUUGGAUUGUCUCUCUGGGAUUAGGCUGGGAGACUUUCAAAUGGCUUCAAAUUGUCGGCUUUGCUUUGCUUGUGUACUUCACCUUCCUGUUCAAUGGCAUUGUCCAGCCUCCUUUCGAAUUCCUCAAGGUUCCGGACGAAGAGGUUGAGGAGCUUUUGCCCGAGGAACCCAUCGAGCAUCGUUAG